ACUCAGGGUCACCACCGCCCCGCGCAGGAGGUAGGGUGAUGGGCGGUGCUCUGACAUUGCCACGCAGGCCACACCAUGGGACUACUAGAGUCAUGCGUGUAUAAGCCACUGCCUUAUGGGGCAGGAAGCCCAGCGGGAGAUAACAGCAGAGCACACGGGGCACCCACCCAGUCCUCUACCCUUGGCCCCAGAGGGGAAGACGCCUGCAUGACUGAGAGAUCCAAGGGGACCCAGAGCAGAUGCCCAACCCACCUGGAGAACCUCAGCAGGACCAGGAGGACCCAGGAACAUGGGAUGGGGUCUGUCCCCUCUCUGCGAUCCCCCCCACACGAACCGGCAGUUGGUGAUCCCUACCCUGAUCAUCGUGGCCAUCAAACUGCUCCUGAUGACCCUGGUCCUCCUCUACCUCCUCUACCGUGUUCCCUGGUGCCAGUCGGGCUGGGACCAGGACCAAGGGAGGUGCUACCUUUUCUCCCAGGCUAACCAGACCUGGGAGGCAGCGAGAAACUCCUGCUUAGCCCAGAAUGCUGAUCUGGUGGUGAUCAACGACCAAAGGGAGCAGGAUUACUUGGAUAUUAAAGCUGAUUCCAUUCGUCACUGGAUUGGCUUCACCGACCAAGGGACUGAAGGCACCUGGCGCUGGGUGGACAACACUUCUGCGGUAUUUACGUACUGGACCACAGGGGAGCCCAAUAAUGUGCUCAGGAAUGGAAUCGGUGACGAGGACUGCGCCCACCUGCGGGAGACUGGCCUGUGGAACGACGAACCCUGUAGUUUCUCUUACAGGUGGAUCUGUGAAAGGGCUGCCACUGUGUAAACAGCCCCCUCUUCCCCUGGCUGCGAACAUUCAUCCUCCUGCUGCGAGGCCUUGGCACCAUUCAUGGCCUGCGCAUAAACCUGUCAGGCUUGUGACGUUGCACUCCAUAUGCUUUAUAAAAAUAUGUUUGUAAGUGUGAAUAUGAUGUAACUGGAAUAUGCUUUAUACAAAAGGUCUCUUGUAAGGUAUCAUUACAAAGCUUAUA